AUGUCGCAAUUCGUGGGCAACACAUCGCUGGCCUUCGCGCGCACAUGGCAUGCAGUGAGCGCGCAGGACCGCGUGCUGGGUCCGCUGGCAGUCAACAUUGCCAAGCUGCUCAUGGGCAAGCACAAGCCGAUCUACGACCAGUCGAAGGACCUUGGCGACUACGUGGUAGUGACAAAUGCCAAGCAGGUUGUGGUGACGGGACGCAAGGCGGACCAGCGCGUGUACCGCCACCACACCAUGUACCCGGGCGGCCUCAAGGAGAUCAAGUACAAGGAGAUGAUGGAGCGCAAGCCCGAGGAGAUCAUCCGCAAAGCAGUGAGCGGCAUGCUGCCCAAGAACACGCUGCGCGACCGCAGACUCGAGAGGCUCAAGAUCUUUGAUGGCGAGCAGCAUCCGUAUGCCCAGAACAUCAUCCAGCGCUAUCCGCUGGGACUGACUCGUUCUCUCUCCACCUCCAUUCCACGGCACUUUUGGAAACGUCUCUUCGGGUCACCCGAACGCACACCCGCAUCUGCCCCACGACCUACACCAGAACCAAUAGCCUCGGCAUCACCAUCACAGCUCGACACAGAUACCCCCGCAGCAGCACAAACCACCAAGCCAGUAGUGAAGGGAAAGAUGCUGCAGCGCGAUGCUGAACUGCUUGCCAAACUGCUCGACCGCGACGGAGGAUCCGCCGCCAUCCCCAUCAUCAACGGCUCCUACGCGGAAGGUCUAGGUCCCGAAACCAAGAAAAACAUGUUCCGACUCAUCUGA